AUGUACGACGCAGAGCUGAGGCAGCUGGCACACCAAUGUGGGCGCAAACUCGGUCUGGGAGAAGACUGUCUGCACGAGGGGAUUUACUUCCACACCGCAGGACCGGCCUAUGAGACGGCAGCCAUGGGCCGAAUGAGCACAACUCCGGAGACCAUCGUCGGUAGACAUUUGAACAUGAAGAUUUUUGCAAUCUCACUGAUAACGGACACCACAAAUGAGACUAAGAAGUCGGCAGGUGUCUUAACUCACGCAGAGGUACUACGAGUGGCCAAUGAACGGGCUCCUGUCCUGGCCCGCUUGGUAGAGAAGAUGCUAACGUGCCUGUAG